AUGCUGUCUGUCACUUCUCCUGUGACCAUCAGUACCCCCGUCUCCAGCCCUCAUCGUCGCAGCAGGUCUGAUGACCCGUCAGAUCUAGGUCGGUCGGGACAGUCAAUCACUCUGGCAAACCCUCAGCUUGUCUUCGAGACACCUUCUUCUGGCUCGACCCGCUCAGUGCGUGAAGAGGUUCUUUCUACGACGGACGCUCCCUCAGUCUACUACACAGCAAGCUGGGGCUCACCGUACACUCGACCUACCCAAGAUCCUAGCGCUCUCAGCGCUGAAGGCACUCCGAUUGCAUCGCAACGACACACUACGAGCGAGAGCCCCUCUCCAAGCAUCUCUUUCGGUCUCGAACACCUCGUUCCAUCCAGAGUUGCAGUUCAAGGACGUGAUUUUAGCCCUUCUUUCGGUCUCGACCAUUUGUUGCCUUCUCGCGUACCUAUUCAGCAUCACAUACCAAGUCCAGUCACGACAGAGCGAUUGGCCCUUCAAGAAAAUCCAACACAGGCAGUCGCACAGAGACCGUCCCGUCAUACUAUCACUCGUCGUUUGACGGAAGAUUGGGUUCAACAAUACACCACUGGCAAGUGGCGCUCAGAGAGAGGCAAUUGGUUGAGUGACGAGUCUGGUGGUAGUAACUCAGGCUCUGACGAGGAAGAGGAGUUCAAGACACCUAUUCCUUUCACUUGGUUCUCUGGCCGCCAUCGUCGCAAGAACACGUCUGCGAGUCCCCUAUUCGGGAGGCAGCAACGACCAGUAUCGCACGAUUCUUUUCGAAGAGGUCACAAAUCUAGAGAGAGUAAUUUGACCUUGAAGCAGGAAGACUUUUGGCAGUUCACACGUCAACUGAACGAGCCCGACAUGUCGCUAUUUACAUCCAGAUGGGCUUCGUCUCCCCAGAAGGAGAAGCCUCUCCCACCACCACCUGCACCACCAGGAGAUGUCAGAUCUGCUAGAAACAGCCCUCAAAAGAAUGACCGACUGCCACCACUACCUUCUCCUCCAAACUCGGACAUGCAGCAAUCCACACCACCACCACGACCCAGAACUAAAUUGGCGUGGAGAGGAAAGGCUUGUUGGAUCGCCCUGCCAUCAGUGGCUCCUGAAGCUUGCGGCGGCAACAAACCGCUGAGCGCAAGCGAAGCGCAAUCACGUCUAAAACAUUUUGAAGAGGAGGGCUACAAUGUGAACGGAUUUGAUCUUGAGCCAUGGGCCUACCAUGAUUCGAUUGUGUCACAGAGUAGCGCACAAUAUCCUGACAAUUCGGAAGAUAUCAUCAAGCGUCAGCAGAAAGACUUCAAAGUUUUCGUACCGAAUCCGCAGACUUGGAAGUCGUAUGUCGAUGAUUUGAUGGAGCAGAAGCUGCGUGCCUUGGGUGUGAGUCUGGGAGAUGAUCUUGCUCCUGCUCAGCCUCCACCCAUGUCUCGUCAAUCUUCUGGCCAUUACCAGUCUGUUUCGCCCAAUAUGAUGCAUGCAGCCAUGGCCGGAGGAUCGCAUCGCUCCACGCCUUCCCUAGCCCACUUCCCCACGCCCGGACAUUCCUACUCAGCAUCUGUCGCUUCACCUCUGUCCAUGCCUGGUGAUCCCAGAAGCCAUGCGCAUAGACAUUCUGUAUUCGGUAUGCCGGGAAUGCCUUUCGGGUUCCCCAAUCAGCAAAAUCAGCACAAUGGAUUGCCUGCUUUCUCUCCUUCAACGGCAAAUUUCAACAUGAAUGCGCUCCCCAGGGGAGGUUCGCCUGCACUGGAGAGGCUCAAGAGCGAAGGACCACCAGCCAAAUCUCCUAUCUCUCCAUACGGCAUGCCUUCUCCAUUUGCUCGAAGCCCCCAGCCUGGCGACUGGCCUGGACAGGCUCACCUCAGACACCAAUCAGUAUUUUCGAGCUUCUCUCCUCAACCUCAGGCUCAGAGAAGCAUUACACCUACACUCACUCCUGGAUCGGCAAUGCGCCCGAUCCCAUCAUUGGCCGAAGUUCCUGAAGAUGAAGAGGAGCCAAUGCAGGACUACUUUGCUGGUGCCACACCAAGACGUCAAACGCGAAAGGAGGUUGAACUCGCUCACCCCAGUCCACGACACAACCGAAACAUUAGUGAUGCUCUCGAAAGAGAGAUUCAAGGAUCCGACUACCACCUGGAAAAGUCUUUCGAGCGCCAGCUCCAAGACGAAGAGGAUGAAGCCAACAACAGUUUCGUCAGUCAAACUUCCAGUAAUGGUGCGUACAUGCCUCCAGGCAAACGUGCAUCUCUUGGACAUGGCGUGAAUGGCUUCGGCGGUCGUAAGGAGUCCCCUGGUUACAGCAACGCUCCGGCAAAGCCGGAAGCCAAGGACAGCAUCUCGAAUGCUGGAAUGGCUGGUGCUCUGCAGAACAAAACUACCAACAAGGUCAAGGGACAUGCAUCAAGGCUUAGUGUGGCUGCGCCCGAAUUCAAGUUCCAACCAGGCCCUGCCUUCCAACCGACCCUGCCUAGUCUUCCAGGACUGUCAAACUUUGGCCCUCCUAUCCAGAGUAGCAUUGGAAAUCCGUCUGCUGGUAACAUGGAUCUGUCAUCUGCUGCUUUCCAACCUUCGGGGUUGGGCGUCAUGCCCUCAUCAGACUUCAACUUCGCUUCAUCAUUCCCAUUCAAUCCUGUUGCUGCCGUCCAGCAACCCAUUGCUUAUCAAGCUCCUAUUCAAUCUGCUGUUCCUAGCAUUUUUGGUGAUGUAGCGAUACCAGAGGCGACUAAGCCAGUGAGAAAAUCCAAGGCUGUAGCUAUUACUCAGCCGAAAUCCUCACCCGUAAAGGAAGAGCCCGAGGCUGAGGAUGAAGAUGGUCGUGCCGUGCAAAGCGAGGACAGGCAAAAGAGAGCUCGUGUUGGUCAGAGUGAUGGUGAUGAUGUGCCUCUAUUCGCCGAGCGCCCGGCAUCUCCUGCUCAUCCGAACACUCAGGAAACGUCAAGUGUUGGACACGAGCAAGAUUCGAUCGCUUCGGAGCCUCAACAAGUCAACAGUCUUGAUAAAAAGGUCGAGGGCGAUGAGGUCAAGCCAGCCAUUAGCAAUGGGCACGCUGCUAAAACAUCAGCCAACAUUGCAUCCGCGCAAGAUUUCGAGACUUUGGCCAAGCUUCCUACCGUGCAGAAUGAACAAGGUCACAAGAAGAAUUCGAGUUCUCUAUCAGCACUUGCAAAGCCUUUCGAGUUCAAGCCUCAAGGAUCGAUAUCAAGCAACCAGCCAACCGAAUCGCUUCUUCGCAGCCCCGACCCGAACAAGACCAAGCCUGACUUCAGCCCUUCGCGCGUCUUCUCGCGUACAUCUGAAAAGACACAAGUGUCGGUGGAAGACCUCGAUUACGCUCCUUCGCCCGAGCCACAAAAACAUGCGCCUUACCCCACCGAUGACAAUGAAGCAGCUCGCUUCCCAGAGCCUACCUUCGACGAAAUCGAUGCUGUUAUGCAGCAACUCAAUGACGACGAUGAGUAUGAUCAGGUGCAACAAGAGUUUGCUUCAGAGGUUGUCAGCCCCAAUGCAAGUGUUAUACACCACAGUCCUAGUCGGGGUGGUAGGGACCGCUCGAUCUCUCCUCAGCCAACACUGUCAAGACAACAGGUCAAGCUACGCCCCGCUCACAUCAAUCGUCUCAAUCGCAGCGAGGAUGUUCCUCUAAGCGAAUGGUCUGAUGACCUCUCCAUUGACGAGGUCAGCAAGCUGCGCACACGCAGCAACUUCUUCGACGAUAGAGUUGAUCAGAUUGUCGGCGGUGUUAUUGAACAUCGCUUGGCACCUCUCGAAAAGAGCUUGCAGAUGAUCCACCGCGCUGUAAGCACUAUCAUGACUCGCGAGCCACGACCAAUGACAAAUCGUCCUUUGCCUGUCGAUUACAGCGAUGCUGACGAUGAGGAUGAAACUAUCGACGAACGACAACCUUUCCGCUCAGUGUCUCGUGCACAAGAGAGGAAAGCGAGUCAAAUCAAGGCUGCUGUGCUUGAAGCUUUGGCUUCACAGAAGGCAAACGGCUCUCAACUCUCAUCCGCUACCGAGAUUCAUAACGCGAUUAUGGACAUGAACACGACCAUUGCCCGCAUUGCAUCAUCUAACCUCGACAUUGACGAUGUCAAGCAUGUCGUUGACGAGUCACUGCAUCGCAUGGGCCAGACUCUGGUUCCCACUGCACCAAUUGAGAACCCAGAAAUGUCCCAGAGGCACAGACGGGAGGUUUCUGAGCUUAACAAUAGACUGAACAAGACACUUGCCGAUGCACUGGAAGAGGCCAACCAGCGUCGCACGAUUGAGGAACGCGAGGCUGACACUCGCCGACUGCUUCGCCUCGCUGAAGAAGAACUCUCUCUUCUCCGCAAGACUGUGGGCGAUAAGGAACAGCGUAUCCAUUCCUUGGAGAACCAGCGCGAAGAGCUUGAGAUUCGUGUCGAUGCUGCCGAAGUUACCCACGCGCAUGAUCGAAAGCAGCUAUCAGAUUUGGAGGCAGAAAACUCAGCACUCGAGUCUACUCUGGAAGAAUACCGUCUGUCUAGUACCAAGUGGAGAAAUGAAGUAGAUGAAGUCACUAGCGAGAAUGAGGUUCUCAAAAGCGGUGCUCUUGAACUCAAGGUCCAGCUUGAAGAAUCCCAGGAAACCAUCAAGAUGGCUCGUCAACAACUUGAAGAUACGAUCAUUGAGAACGCAGCGCUCAAGGCUAGCUCAGCUGAGCUGUUGUCUCAACUGGAGGAAUCUCAAGCCUUUGGUAAACAAGCACGCCAAGCAGCUGAUGAUGCAGCUAUAGAAGCCACUGCGAUCAAGGCCAGUGCUGCAGAACUGAUGGUCCAACUGGAGGAAUCUCACGCUUCCAUUAAACAAGUCCAACAAACUGCUGACGAUGCAACCGUAGAGAGCACGGCAUUGAAGGCUAGUGUCACGAGCUUGAUUACCGAACUCGAGGAUUCUCGUCUGUCUGCAAAGAAGUGGAAGCAAGAAGCUGAAGUCGCUGCCCGUGAUAACGCUAAUCUUCAGGAAAGCAUGUCUGACUUGAAGAACCAAAUCGCGGAUGGCCUCAACAUUCGUGAAAACAUGCGUAGCAAGCUUGACAAGAUCCACCAUGGCAUGAUUUCUGCAGCAGAGCAACUAGCCAACGAGAAGGCAACAUGGCAAAACCGCAACGAGGAACUGCAGAAGAGAUACGUUGUCUUGCAAGCUCGUCUAGAAGGCGAAGUCAGCAUCAGACGUAGUAUGGAGGAAGAGGUACACAGCUUGCGUGCCCAAGCACACGAGGCUGUUACCACCAAAAUCCAGCUUGAACAGCUGCAAAGAUCCACCACUUUGCAUGAGGAGACAGUAAGAACACUCAGAGAGAACCUUACAUCAGAGCAAACCUUGAGCGCUCGCCUGCAGCGUGAUUUGCAUGAGUCGAGAGAAUCUGGAAGGGCCGAGGUACAACGUACCCAAAUGAUCAUGCAAUCUAGCAUCGAAGCUGCCGAGAGCCAGGCCAACAUAAUCCGUGCUAGCUUGGAGCAUGAGAUUAUGCUCGCCAAGAAUGAAAUUGACAAUAUCAAGAUGGUCUCGGACGCUGCUCGCGAAAGGCACGAACGUUCACUGGAGCAAGAGGCCGACCUUAGACGCGAUGCUCUUCGCAAGGUCAACGAGACCAGCAGCGCUGCUCUGAACGAUCUGCGCGAAAAGCACGCAGAGGAGAUCAGCUACCUCAAGUCACAGUACGAAAGAAGUGUCGCCAAUGCCUAUGAGGACAAGCAACGUUCCGCAGUGCACUUCAAUGACAGACUGGAGCUGUCGAACGACCAGGUUUUGCACUUGCGUGACAAGGUCGCUCAUUUGGAGGAACGCUUGAAUGUUGCAAAAUCUGCAGCACAGGCAGCUGCUUCCGCUGCCCAAGCUGCGAAGUCUACUCCAGCAGCCACGCCCGCAGCCACAACUGUAUCGCGUGAAGAACCCGAGAAGAUCUCGCCUCAAGCACUUCGCGAGUCUAUUCUAGUCUUGCAAGAGCAGCUUCAGGAACGUGAGACUCGUAUCGAGCGUCUGCAAACCCAGCUUGCAAACGUCGACACUGCAGCACCUGCAAGACUCAAGGAGAAAGAGGUCGAGAUUUCCUGGUUGCGCGAGCUUCUGUCUGUUCGCAACGAAGACCUCAACCAGCUCGUUGACACUUUGUCCAAGUCAGAGUACGACAGAGAUGCAGUCAGGGACUUUGCUAUACGCAUCCGUGCCAACCUGCAGAUGGAACAACAAGAGAAAGAGCGACUCAUCAAUGCAGGUCCCUCGCUGACGGGUCAAGCUCUGGCCAAUCUGACCAAUUUCGCUUCCCCCAAGGCAGUGUCUCUUGCCGCAGCAUUUGGUAACUGGCGUAAGAGUAGAGAGACAGCACGUCCUGCAUCUGCUCCCAAAGCUCCGGCUUCAAGAGCCACUGCUAGAUCGUCUGCUGCUGCCGCACGAUUGGCUAACGGCCGCACGCAAACGCCUUCUAAACCAGCACUGCUACCAUCCCCAUCUGUCCUGUCCGGUCUUAUGACCCCUCCCGCAACAAACUUCCGUCGCACUCCUAGUCCAGCCGAAGGGCCUAAUGGAUCACAGCGCUCAAGCCUCAGUUUCUCUAAUAAUCCGCAGCAAGCCAACAACGAGGCCAAGAUGAGCUACUUCGACACAAAGCCUACUGAGGUGGGCGAAGAGAGCCCCAUGGUCUUCAGACGUCAAAGCUAUGAUGAGGAUGCACAGCUUGGCGAUGUCGAUACAGGAAUCGGAGCCGAUGACGAGGAAGAGCAGACAACCGUCAACAUGGACAACGAAGCCCAGAGUCCCCGUGAUCAAACACCCGAGGAGCUGGUUGGCAGAAGUCUGGCCAGCGAGUUAGAGGCAAUGUGA